UGUCUGACUCAGGAUGACGUGGAAAAUCAGUGGACUUGUGCCUUAAUCAAGCAGCUCCAAAGAGAUAUUGAGGGCACUAGGAAAGGGUCCCUCCUCACCUCAAACUGUACGGGGAAACUAAAGUGUCUCUGUGAGAGAUUCAGGAAUGCUAAUGCAAAGGGAAGAUGGGCCUCUUGUUUUGAGGGGCUUGGAGCAGAGGGUAAAGAGACCAAAGUGCCAGUUUAUUCUCAGAAAAAGAGAAAAAGUGACAACAUGGAUCAUGAUGGAGAUGCCCAGGAAGAUCACCAAAGUAAACGGGUGAAGAUGGAUUUCUGUCCAGGUGAAGAAGAGAGGUUGACUGAAGAGGAGGAACCUAAAAUGAGAACAUCACAGCUGGACCAAAGUGCUGCUUCUGUAUCACAGGCUCGCUCUGAUGCGUUGGGGUCUUCAAAAAAUCUGCCAGACCACAUGAAGACCUGCCAGGCUCUGAUAGAGCCAGUUUUACAGAAGGGACACACUGGAAGCGCCCAGGCAGAAUUACUCUGUAAACUAGUAGUGAACUGCCUUGAGCCACAUCACAGGCUUCUUGUAUUCCGAGCAAUACUUGGAGUGUCCUGGGAUGAGGGAGUGUUAUCAAUCAUCCAUGCAUUGCUGGAUUCAAAGCUUGAGCUGAGUGAGAAGGAUUUCUCUCUCUUCACCGAUCAGCUUUGCAGCCAGUCUCCACAUUUCAGCAAAUCUAUGAAGUUUGCCAAGAUGUUGCUGAGUGUCUUGACUAAGUAUCAGUCACAUGUGAAUCCUGCACGCCACCACACACUUUCCAGUUGCCUAUCUUUCAAUGAAACCUUCCUCAAGAAAUCAUUGCAGGCUGCAUUAAAAGGAUUUCCCUGUGAAUCAUAUUAUGCCCAUUUUAAAUGGCACUUUAGUAUAUGA